AUGGAACAACAUCUAUCACAUGGACACAGAAUCAAUCACACAUUAAAAGCCCGUCUGAAAAGGUUCACUGAGCUGUAUGUGGAGGAGCUGGAGAAUGAGGGCGACCUGCGGAUUCUGGUUUCAGACUACCUGAAGGGCUUGAAUCCACACCGGAACAUCAUCAGCGGUAUCAUAAGUUUUUACCUGGCAGUGCGAAAGGAGGCCCACUCCCACCUGGUGGAUGGGACGGGCCACAGACCUCACUACAGCCUGCGGACCCUGUGCAGGGCACUGAAGUAUGUGGCAGCAAACCCCUGCUGCAGCGUGCAGCGCUCACUCUACGAGGGUUUCUGCCUGAGCUUCCUGACGCAGCUGGACAGAAGCUCCCACCCUGUGGUCCAGAAACUGGUGUGUCAACACAUCCUGAUGGAGAACACCAAGUGUCUCAAACAAUCCAUCCCGUCGCCCUCAGACCGGCCCUGCGUGGAUGUGGAGGGGUACUGGGUGUCUCAGGGGGAGAUGGAGCCGGCUCUGGACCCAAGCUACAUCCUGACCGCAUCAGUCAAGCUGAACCUCCGCGACCUCUCCAGAGUGGUGUCUGCAGGCACUCACCCAGUGCUGAUCCAGGGGGAGACGUCUGUGGGGAAGACCAGCCUGAUACACUGGCUGGCUGCAGCCACGGGGAACCAGUGUGUGAGGAUCAACAACCACGAGCACACCGACAUCCAGGAGUACAUCGGCUGCUACUCCUCCGACAGCAGGGGCAAGCUGGUGUUCAAAGAGGGCGUUCUCAUAGACGCCAUGAGGAAAGGCUACUGGAUCAUCCUGGAUGAGCUGAACCUGGCCCCCACGGACGUGCUGGAGGCCCUCAACAGGCUGCUGGACGACAACAGGGAGCUGUUUGUGGCCGAGACACAGGAAGUCAUCAAGGCUCACCCCAGGUUCCUGCUGUUCGCUACCCAGAAUCCCCCUGGACUCUACGGCGGUAGGAAGGUGCUCUCCAGGGCCUUCAGGAACCGCUUCGUGGAGCUGCACUUCGACGAGCUGCCCAGUGCAGAGCUGGAGACCAUCCUCCACCAGAGGUGCAGCCUGCCUCCGUCCUACUGUAGCAAGCUGGUGAAGGUCAUGCAGGACCUGCAGUCCUUACGCAGGGGCUCUACAGUGUUUGCGGGGAAACACGGCUUCAUCACACUCAGAGACCUGUUCCGCUGGGCCGACCGGUACCGGCUGCAGGAGCAGACCGACGCCUCGCAGGACUGGCUGCAGUACCUGGCCAACGAUGGGUUCAUGCUGCUGGCAGGGCGGGUGAGGAAGCCGGAGGAGGAGGCCAUCAUCCUGUCCACCCUGCAGAAGCACUUCAAGAGGACGGUGAACCCUGAGAGCCUGUUCUCCCAGAAACAGGUCACCGCACAGUUCAGUGAGUCAAACAUCAACUACCACAUACUGAUCCUGGACCAGCUCAUUCUGUCUCAGUAUAUCAACAGCCUGAGUAUACCUCCUGCAACACAAACAAUCUGUUCAAUUAAGUUGCAGUUAAAGAACAAAAAUGCGGCGCUUCCAGAGUGUCUAUGGUUUUUCAGGUAGAGGUUUAGAUCAUCUUACAGUCAACCUACUGUUCUUACAUUUGACCACAUGGCACUGACAGAAUGUACAUUGUAUAAUCAGCAUUUUCUUUAUACUGCAUACUGAUGUUUCUAUUCGCUCUACAAGAUUUAGAAUAAGUAUUUUACUGUAUAUUUAGAUGUACAACUGUA